AUGAGUGGCCUACCCGCACUCUCCGACUUGCCCUAUCUUUACUGCUGGAUCUGCGCUGAGGAAGAGAAGCACAACGUCUUUGCCCGCCCUAUUCAAUUGAAUGCGGACCCGCCUUCGACUUCGCGUUUUAUCCAUCCAUGUGUAUGCUCGUUGGUGGCGCACGAGAAAUACAGUGUCUCCUUUCGUGGAUUCGGCAGUGUCGCAGAGACAAUCCCGAUGCGCCAAUUGCGUGCCCACAAUGCAAAACAAAACGCUGGCGUUGCCCUGGAUACAGAGGGUGUGCCGAGAAUGAUUAUUGUGGGCGAAGAUAACCAAGGCGCGGAGUUGGUGGAUGGUGCGUUUGGCACGUUGGACACCCUUGAUACCUAUGAGACGCUAGACGACGGUUCCAGAGUGCCUCUUAUCGGGAGUGGCGACCAAGGCGUGUACCUUGACGAGCUCGAGUACGGCACGUUUGACGACGUCGACAUGCCGCGUACAAUCUACGUGACUUACUACAGCCUGGCGAAACUUGUAGUGCAGGCGCUAGGAUUCCCCUUUAUUGCCAGCUUCGCAGGCAGUAUCCUGGGCCGGUUUGCACGGUACAGUCAGGCUUUGCGGCAGAUUCUUGGCAUUGCACCGGGAAUCAUUCCAGAGCGAGGCUGCGAAAGCUGGAUCAAUGUGCUCUGGCCGAGCGUGCAAAGCACGCAUGCAGUCGAGCAGUACCUCGUGGACAAUGGCGCAGCGGUCUACGACGAUCUGGACCCGAUUUGGUUCCGCAAUGCGAUCGGCGGUGGGCUCUACAUUGUCAUCAAGGAUGCACUGGUCCUUUUGUACCGCUACUUGCGCAAGCAGCGCCGCGGCCAACUGCACAUCAAAGAUUUGCCGUUCAGCGACGGCGUCGCACGCGAGCUGAUGCAAAACGCAGAACCGCGCCCAGCCGCACGAUAG